AUGGGGCGGCCGUACGCAGUGAAGGGGAAGAAGAAGCGGAAGCUGGAAGGCGGCGAAGCCUCGCGCGCCCCUCCGGUCGACGCCGAGGCGGUGGAGCAAGAGGUGAAGGAAAAUGAGGAGGGGAUCCCCAUCGUGCCCCGCCCGGUCGACAGUAAGCGGCGGCCGGGCGCUAUCUUCGUACUUGAGAGGGCCUGCCUCGAGGUCGGCAAAGUCGGCAAGGGUAUGCAAAUCUUGAAUUCGGAUGAUCACGCAAACUAUUUAAGGAAGCAGAAUCGCAAUCCAGCUGAUUACAGGCCUGAUAUCAUUCACCAGGCACUACUAGCAAUAUUUGAUAGCCCUCUAACUAAGGCUGGGAGGUUACAAGCUGUUUAUGUUAGGACUGAAAAGGGAGUGUUGUUUGAAAUCAAGCCUCAUGUUCGCAUGCCACGGACAUUCAAACGUUUCUGUGGCUUGAUGUCACAGUUAUUGCAAAAGCUGAGCAUCACGGCAGUUGGGAAGCGCGAGAAGCUCCUUAAUGUUAUUAAAAAUCCUGUUACCCAGUAUCUACCUGUUGGCGUACGGAAAAUUGGCCUUUCAUAUAGUGCGGAGAAGGCAGUUAAUUUGUUUGACUAUGUUGCUAAGUCCAAUGAUGAUGAACCUCUUGUGUUUGUGGUUGGUGCCAUGGCCCAUGGAAAGGUUGACAAGGAAUACUCAGAUGAUUACAUACAGAUUAGCGGUUACCCUCUCAGUGCUGCCUGCUGCCUGAAUCGAAUAUGCAGUGCCUUGGAGCAGAAAUGGAACAUCCAGUGA